CCCCCUUCCCACCCUCAGCACUGCUCCUCCCCGGGAGGAGCCACUGUUGUUACCUCCCCUUUACAGAUGAAGCUGAGCUCACAAAGGUGAAGACUUUUGCCCAGGCAGGGGCCACAGCUAGUGUGCAGGACAGUCACCCUGAACUGUAAAUCUCCCCUCUCAGGUCACUGACUACCGGACAGGUAGCAGGAAAAUCUGAUUUAUCCUUGGGGUGAGGCUUCUGGGUUCCACUUCACUGCUCCCUGCCACCCCCACACCCUCUCCUGAGCCAGCCAAGCACACCCCGAGGCCCACAGCCCUGCUCACUUGACCCUUGAGCAGAACUCUCUGAGCCAUACUUACUCUGCUGUUGGGGACUGUGGCUCCAACAAAGCUGGUUGCAAGGCUUGCUGUGACUUUCUGUUCAGAGAGACCGCACGACUGCAGGCACGGCCCCUGGCCCUCACAGAGUCUGGGGAAGGACUUGGACCCUGGUAGCUGGGAUUACUUGGUAAUCAGUGAACUGCUGCUGGCCACAGGCAUGGACCACUGCCCACCCAACCAUCACUCUGAUGGAGGCUGAAAGAAGCCUCUAGGACCCUUGCCAGGCAGCCCACCACUUAUUUCACCCACAUCUACUAGGAUGAAAAGGCUAUAGAUUUUGCUUUUGCUUUUUGUUUUUUUUAAACCAGGGAAACAUACACGAGGCUUAGCCAUGGGCAUAAGGUAUGGAAUAACCUGGACGUGUGGGUGAUGGCCUGGUGGUCCCCCACAAUGGCUGAGGUGGGGAGUCUGUAUUUCACAGCAAGGGGACCUCACCUUACGGCAGCCUGGCUGGUUGCAAGAAUUGGUUGUGGAGGUGAAGCUUGGGCCCCACCCCAGACCCACUGCCUCAGGUCUAUAUCUCUGAAAUUGCCUACCCAGCAAUCCGGGGACUGCUCGGGGCCUUUGUGCAGCUGAUGGUCGUCACAGGCAUCCUCUUUGCCUACCUGGCAGGCUGGGUGCUGGAGUGGCACUGGCUGGCGGUGCUGGGCUGCGGGCCCCCAACCCUCAUGCUGCUGCUCAUGUGGUGCAUGCCUGAGACACCACGCUUCCUCCUGUCUCAGCACAAGCUCCUGGAGGCCAGGAGCGCCAUGUGCUUCCUGUGGGGCUCCGAAGCAGACUGGGAAGAGCCUCCCAUCGGGGCCGAGUACCAGGGCUUCCAGCUGACCCUGCUGAGGCACCCAGGCAUCUACAAGCCCUUCAUCAUUGGCAUUUCACUGAUGGCCUUCCAGCAGCUGUCCGGGAUCAACGCUAUCAUGUUCUACACGGAAACCAUCUUCGAGGAGGCCAAGUUCAAGAACAGCAACCUGGCCUCGGUCAUUGUGGGUGCCAUCCAAGUGCUGUUCACAGGCAUCGCAGCCCUCAUCAUGGAUCGAGCAGGGCGGAGGCUGCUCCUGAUCCUGUCAGGCAUGGUCAUGGUGUUCAGCACCAGCGCCUUCGGCACCUACUUCAAGCUGACCCAGAGUGGCUCCGGCAACUCCUCCCAUGUGAACCUCUCAGCCUCUGUCUCCGCUGAGCCCAUGGAUGCUGGCGUGGGGCUGGCCUGGCUGGCUGUGGGCAGCGUGUGCUUGUUCAUCGCCGGCUUCGCACUGGGCUGGGGGCCCAUCCCCUGGCUGCUCAUGUCUGAGAUCUUCCCACUGCACAUCAAGGGCAUGGCCACGGGCGUCUGCGUCCUCACCAACUGGUUAAUGGCCUUUCUGGUGACAAAAGAGUUCAGCACCCUGAUGGAGGCUCUCAGGCCCUGUGGCACCUUCUGGCUCGCCUCUGGCUUCUGCAUCUGUAGCGUCCUCUUCACGUGGUUCUGUGUCCCCGAAACCAAAGGAAAGACUCUGGAACAAAUCACAGCCCACUUCGAGGGCCGAUGACAGCGCCUUCUGUGAGUGAUGCCCCUCCCAGCCAGGUGGGCACAGAGGCCUGGAGCAGCCUUGGCUGGAGCCUGAAGCGCCUGGCUGUGUCCCCUGCCACCUGGGGACUUGGAACACUGCUGAGGGGCCCUGCAGUCCUGAGGGCAGCCUUCUGCAUGGUCUCCUCCAUGACACUAAAGAGGCCAAAGAGGAGCAGCCUGGCCUCCCAACUGCUGCUUCCCGACUGGAGAAGCUUCUGGAAGCCGAGUACUGGACACACACAUGCUGCUCUCAUUGUAAGCUCUCAAUGCAGUGGCCGCAUUGUCAGGAAGGAACUUGUGGAAUAAAGAUUCAACAGAGAAA